AUGUUCCAGAACGAUGCCGCAGACUAUUUCGACGGAGCGGACGGUGCUGCCGCAGAGGUGGACCUGUGGGAAUCGCACGGCCUUCCCGGGGACUUUACGGGAAUGGACCGUGUUCUGCGGGUAUUGGCAUUUGACCGAGACUUGGGCCAGAAUGCUUUGCUAAAGUACCACAUUAAAUCUGGCAAAGGAAGGUCGAAGUUCAGAAUAGACAACAGCACAGGAAUGGUGUAUGCCCAAAAAGGAUUCGAGCCUGGACAGGAGUAUGAACUAAACAUCAAAGUAACGGAUUCUGGCGACCCAGCAAAAUCGAGUAUUUGUAAGGUAUCAGUUCGAAUAGUGCCGACGCCGAAGACAUCCAAGUACCCUCCAAUUGUUAAAACCCCUCAGGCAGUUCAGCUGACUGAGGGUGACGAAAUUGGAUUCCUUGUUGCCUCCAUUACAGCCAACGAUCCUGACAAUAACACUUUGUGGUAUGAUAUAGUCGAUGGGGACCCACGAGGUGAUUUUUACAUUGGUCGAGACAUCGGCAAUAUCCUUAUAGCUCAAAAACUGGAUUAUGAAAUCCAGAACGAGUACACUCUAAACGUCAGCGUUAGCAACACCAUUCACACUGUUUAUACGCAGCUGAAUAUAUCAGUCAUCGAUAUCAACGAUCACAGACCGGAAUUUUCGGAGAGCAGCUAUAAGGUUGAAAUCAGUGAAGCUGUACCUCUGUACACAGAUAUCCUAAAACUAAAAGCCGUUGAUAGAGACGACAACGGAAAACUCAUCUACAGCUUCCACUCUGCUGAAAAUAUAAUAUCGCUUAGAACGUUCAUGCUUGAUUCCAUCACAGGAGUUAUAUCUCUAGCAGCAAGCUUAGAUAGGGAGACCUUGAAUGAGCACAUCCUAACAGUGAUGGUGAGAGAUGGAGGGACACCAUCAAAAAGGAACUACGCUAGAGUGAAAAUCAUCGUGCACGAUCAUAACGACCAUGCUCCUCAUUUCUCGGACAAGAUCCUCGUAGGAAAGGUAUUUGAAUCAGCAGCAGUGGGCAGCGCAGUUUUAAGAGCCUUUGCAGCUGAUCAUGAUAAAGGGGAAAACGCUCGCGUCACCUACUCAAUAAUUUCUGGAAAUGUGGGAAACGCCUUUAGUAUAGACUCCGAAUUAGGAAUCAUAACGAUAGCCAGGGAUUUAGAUUUGGCCACCGUUACAGAAUACACACUGCAAAUCAGAGCUAUGGAUCACGGCCAGCCUCCAUUAUCAUCUACUGUUCCAGCUCAUAUUAUGUUGACUAUGGCUGAUAAUGCUCCUCCAAGGUUUUCUAACAAGGAAAUUGCUGCAGAAAUAUUUGAAGACCAACCUUUGGGUAGCUACGUUGCUCAUUUGGAUGUUAGAAGUACUUCUUCCUUGCAGUUCGAAAUCUUGUCAGGAAAUACUGAUGAUGCCUUUAUGAUUAGUCCUAGCACAGGGGUUAUUACUACAAUGAAGUAUCUCGACUAUGAGACCACGAAAUACUAUAAUUUAUCUGUAAUGACCACAAAUAUGGCAUCAAUAUCGGCCGUGUGCAACGUCAUCAUACACAUCUUGGACAAAAAUGACAACGUUCCCCAAUUCCUACAAUCUCGAUACUCCGGCAGCAUUAGUGAGUCUGCACCAACCAACUCUCUCAUUAUUACAAAUGCCAGUGAGCCAUUGGUCAUAAAGGCGUUUGAUGCUGACUCAGAGGUCAACGCUUUGCUACAGUACGACAUCGUAGAAAUACUGCCAAGGAGGUACUUCCAGAUAGAUUCCAACACCGGUGCUAUCAGGACCGUGAAGCUAUUGGAUCACGAAAUGCAUUCAAGUUUUUCGUUCCACGUUCAGGUUUCUGAUAUGGGCAAACCUAGGCUGAGCUCCGACACUACUGCAAGGGUUGACAUUAUGGUUACAGAUGUGAAUGAUUGUCCACCAGUUUUCGAUAGAUCUGAGUACAAUGUCACUUUAUUACUGCCUUCGUACAAAAACGUGGCUAUCGUGCACUUGAAUGCCUCUGAUCCUGAUUCCUCAGAAACAGGUGUGCUGAGAUAUGACAUUAUUGAAGGAAACAAGAAUGGCGCUUUCGUUAUUGAUGGUAGAUCCGGUUUGAUAACAUUAAUGGACCCUGAGAAGCUGAAAUCAUCACACAAACUGAAAGUACGAGUAUCAGACGGAAAAUUCUCCAGUGUUGCAAAAGUAUUCGUCAAAGUUGAAGAAUCUGAUAACUCGGGACUUGUGUUUCAAAAACCUCUAUACGAAGGCUCUAUAAUGGAAAACACUACCAAAAUUACACAUGUUUGUGUAGUGAACGUUUUGGGAACAGCCUUAAAUGAACACUUGGAGUUUAAAAUACUGAAUCCGACGGAUAUGUUCACCAUUGGACUGACUUCUGGAGUUAUAAGAACAACAGGAAUUAAAUUUGACAGAGAGGUUAAAGAUAACUACGAACUGAUUGUGGAAGCCAGAAGCUCGACUUUGCCAAGAGACAGGCCAAGGGUGGCUCAUGUCAUAGUGAACGUAACAGUUCUAGACAUCAAUGACAAUUGCCCUAUGUUUGUGAAUCUACCAUACUACGCAGUGGUAUCAGUAGAUGAUGAGAAGGGCAGCAUUAUUGCAAAGGUUCAUGCCAUCGAUAUGGAUAGUGCCGAAAAUGGUGAAGUUAGGUACGAGUUGAUAAAAGGGCACGGAGAGUUGUUUAAGGUACACAGGGAGAGUGGCGACAUCGAACUGAAACAGAACCUCGAGGGACACAACAGAGAGUAUGAGCUGCUGAUUGCUGCAUACGAUAAAGGAAUAACGCCCUGCAGAACUGACGUUACCGUACACGUGAAAGUCAUCGACAGAUCAAUGCCGGUAUUCAAAAAACAAUUUUACUCGGAAACUAUACCCGAAAACGUGGAGCUUCAUUCGCCUUUAUCCAUUUCCAUCGAGGCCGAAUCGCCGCUUUCACGAAAAUUGAUUUACAGCAUUAUCAAAGGAAAUGAAAUGGAAGAGUUCGCCCUAGAUUUCAAUACCGCCCCGGACAGUAACAACGGGCCCUGUGUCAUCUCAGUAGUUGAUGAGCUGGACUUUGAGCAACAAUCACAGUACGAGUUGCUUAUUCGAGCAACAGAUUCUGUGUCAGGUGUAUACGCCGAGGUGCCAGUGGCAAUAAUGGUGCAAGAUGUGAAUGAUUGCCCUCCUGAAUUCUCCCAAGAAAGCUACAAUAUAUCAAUAUCUGAAGCUGCUCAAUUUGGUACACCGAUUCUUACCGUUGCAGCUGUAGACAACGAUACAGGCACCAACCAGAAAAUCAUAUAUUCUAUCCAAAAAGAUAUCAAUAACUCUACGAAUUAUUUUUACAUAGAUGAAAACGAGGGAACAAUUUAUCUGAAGCAAUCCUUGGAUCACGAAGAAUCAAGCUCUAAACAUUUUGUCGUUGUUGCUGCGGACCAAGGGGUGCCGAGCAUAUCUAGCACUGCACAUGUCUGGUUGACAGUUCUCGAUAUGAAUGAUAACCCGCCUAAGUUUGAGCAGUCGUCAUAUUCGAGUGGAUUGUCAGUAAGUGCCAAGAGAGAUCAAUUCGUCACUAUAGUGAAAGCCAGUGAUUUGGACGAAAUUGAUCAAGAUUCGCUACGAUAUAGUAUUGUUUCUGGCAACGAACAGCAAACUUUCACCAUAGAUCCUGAUACAGGGAUUGUAGCAUUGACUAACUUGGCGAAUUUUGGUACCCAAAAUAUGAUGAUCCUCAAUGUAUCUGUUUCUGAUGGUGUAUACACCAACUUCGUCAGGUUGAAGGUAGAACUUCUGCCAGCCAACUUGCACCCACCAUCGUUUCCUGACAUUAUCAGGGAUGUUCAAGUUUAUGAAAACAAAGCACCUGGUCAUACGAUUAUAAACGUGAACGCGACAGAUCCGGAUAUGGGAGAAUUUGGGAGUAUAACUUACAGCAUCCACUCUGAUCUGUUGAAUGAAGUCUUCAACAUCGAUAAGACUUCUGGCAAGAUCACGACCAAAGUGAGGCUGGACAGAGAGAAACAAAGAAUGUAUGAGAUCCUCGUCAAAGCUACAGAUGGUGGUGGAUUGUCAGACUUCAUGACAGUCAGGGUGAAGGUGUUGGACGAAAAUGACAAUGCACCAAAAUUUCUUCUUCGAGAAUACAAAGUUAGUAUCCAUUCGAACCUGACACUCCACACCACCAUUGUGAGAGUGAAAGCUGUGGACAUUGAUGAAGGGCUAAAUGCUCAACUCGAGUAUUCCAUAUACGAAAAGAAGUCUUCUGAGGCGGCUAGCAUUUUCGGUAUAAACAAGACUACUGGUGAUAUUUUCCUCAUCAAAAAUGUGUUUGACAACGUUGGCGAAGUGUUCCAGUUUUUCGUUCGGGCAACUGACAUAGGCAAGCCAGAAAAACAUGCUGAUAUACCUGUAAAUGUGCUCAUAAUGGGACCAAAUGAUUUUCCUCCUGUAUUUGAAAGGAAGGAUGGAAAGUUCUUCCUAUCGGAAAACUCUCCAACAGGUACUGUGAUAACUCGCUUGAAAACGCACUCUUCAAAUGCUUCUAUAAGCUAUCAAAUAAUUUCGGAUUACGACAGCGACACGCCACAAUUCCAAAUAGAUUCCCAAGGCCAAAUAUCAAUUGCCCGACCCCUGGACUUCGAACGCCAAUCUCAGCAUUUGAUCGGAGUUCUGGCUCUGACAGAUGGUAGUCCACCAUUGACAGCUCUGGCCGAAAUAGCUCUGCAGGUGCAAGACGAAAACGAUCACUCGCCCAAAUUUGAAAGUGGUAGUUAUGUAGUUUACGUGGCUGAAAAUGUAGCAGAGGGAAGUUCCAUCUUAAAGGUGGUAGCACAUGAUGAAGAUCAAGGUAGCAACGGCGAAGUGCGGUAUAACUUCGCUUAUGAAAACUCAGAAACAUCCAACUACUUCGCCAUCGACACUCACACUGGAUGGAUCACCACCAUCGCAGCUCUGGAUAAAGAGUCUAAAUCUGAGUACAAGUUCUAUGUCACUGCAACAGACAAUGGAACUCCUAAACAUUCAGCUCGAAGCAGCAUUAUUAUCAAGCUCAAAGAUUACAACGACAGUCCAACCAAGUUCAAAGAACGCUUUUACAAAAGCUCAGUGAACGAAAGUGCCUUACCUGGAACUGUAGUAAUAGCUGUACAAACAACAGAUGCUGAUAUAGAUUUACAAACUCCUGUGGAGUUCUAUAUCAUUUCUGGCGAUCCUAGCUCUCAAUUUCAGAUUAAACAAACAGGGGAGAUAUACGUGUCGAAAGCCUUAGAUAGAGAAAAGGUAUCUAAGUAUAACUUGAAAGUUAUUGUGACAGACGGGCUGUUCACGGACACGGUGAAUGUUGAAGUUGACAUAUUAGAUGCUAAUGAUAACCCUCCAUACUGCCUUAAACACCGUUAUCGACAAUCACUAUCUGAAGGCAUCCGACCAGGGUCCUUCGUGCUAAACAUCCUAGCAACCGAUGCAGAUGGUCCAGAUCAUUCAAAACUCAGAUACAUAUUAUCUGGGGAAGGAUCAGAAAAUUUUCAUUUAGAUCCAGAUGCAGGCUUGCUCAAAACACAAAAACACCUCGAUCGAGAAACGCAGGCCAAAUAUUUCCUCACAGCCCAUGUACACGACAGAGAACAUACUACCUGGGAAUGUAGCUCCGAGGUAGAAAUCACGAUGUCCGAUCUCAACGAUAACGCACCCCAAUUUACUCUUCCUUACUAUUCUGUGGCUUUACCCGAAGAUGCUGAGGUUGGAACUUUGGUUACUAAGAUCCACGCUACAGAUUUAGAUAUAGGCAUCAAUAGAAAGAUAAAAUAUUUCUUCAUUGAUUCAUUCAACAAUCAUUUCCGUAUGGCCCCAGAAAGUGGAAUCAUAACACUAGCCAAACCGCUAGAUAGAGAGCUAAGAUCUAUGUACAAUCUCACGGUAAAAGCAGUUGAUCAAGGAACACCGCAGUUAGCGAGCACAGCUUAUUUAAUCGUGAAUGUCCAAGAUAUUAAUGAUAAUCCACCUGAAUUUGAGACCAAGUAUUACUUUGCAACUGUGCCGGAGAUAGACACGAUUGGUACUGAAGUUGUCAGGGUGCUGGCUACCAGCAAAGAUAUUGGAGCUAAUGCUGAGGUGUAUUAUUCAAUAGUUGGUGGAAACGAACAUAAAAAAUUUGCCAUCAACAACAAGACAGGCGUGAUUACUAUAGCCGACAUGUUGGACUAUGAAAGGGCAAAAGACUAUUUUUUAACCAUCCAAGCUGUAGAUGGUGGAACUCCACCGCUAAGUAAUGUUGCAACUGUCAACAUUACUGUCAUCGAUUGCAAUGAUAAUGCACCUGUAUUUAGUCAGAUGUCGUACAGUGCAAGGAUUCGAGAGGAUGCUCAGAUUGGAGACAAAAUUUUACAGAUAACAGCAACGGAUUUGGAUAGCGGAAAAAACGGUGAAAUAUCCUACUCGAUCAUCAGAGGGGACAAUCUGAAUCAAUUCGAAAUCAACGUGCAUACUGGCUAUGUCUCUGUGGCUGCUGAGGUGGACAGGGAAAGUAUAUCCAGCUACGUUCUUGAAAUAUUGGCCAAAGAUAACGGAGUACCUGUACUGUCAAGACAAACUAUGCUGAAUAUUGAAAUAUCUGAUGCAAAUGACAAUCCGCCGUUAUUCUCUCAAGCUAAUUACACUGCAAUCAUACAGGAGGACAAACCUAUAGGACACUCGAUCCUCAAAUUCGACAUAACUGAUGCAGAUACAGUCCCUAACACAGUGCCAUACACGUUCGAUUUUCGAAGUGGUAAUGAAGGUAACACAUUCAGACUUGAUCAAGAUGGCAUACUGAGGACGGCGACCAAGUUUAAUCACAAAAUCCGCAACACAUAUGUGCUGCAGAUCAGGGUGUUUGACAAUGGCAGUCCUCCUCUGUAUUCGGACACUUGGGUGGUGGUGAAAGUGAUUGAAGAAUCCCAAUACCCUCCAGUGAUCACUCCCCUUGAGAUCAACAUUAACUCAUUCCUGGACGAGUACCCGGGAGGCGUUAUUGGUAAAGUUCAUGCGAAUGAUCAAGAUCAGUACGAUACUCUAACGUAUUCCCUGUCUCCUACCAUCGGAAUCUCGUAUCCUACUCACGAGUUCUUCCACAUCAACCGUACCGAUGGCACUUUGACUGCCUUGCCAAGAUUGGAUGUCGGAGACUAUAGACUCAACGUCACCGUAUCGGAUGGAAAGUACGCAACGCAUAUGAUUGUGAAGGUAAUCGUGGAGAUCCUCACCGACGAAAUGCUAGAGAACUCAGUGGGAAUACGGUUCAGAGACGUGCGACCCGAGGCUUUCAUCCUAAGCCACCGCAAAGGUUUUAUCAGAGCAGUAAGAAACGCCAUGAAUUGUCGACUAAAGGACGUGGUCAUAAUAUCAGUUCAACCUAGCCUAGAUGAAGAUAUCUACAGGGCAAAAAGAAACGCAGCCGUUAUUGACAGGUCUAAGCGGUACGUGAACAAAGACUUGGACGUUCUGUUCACCGUCCGGAAACCAGAUGGUGGAUACUUCACAUCGGAAAUAAUCAGAAAAUACCUGAACGACAAUCUGGAGGAAUUAGAAGAGAGCGCGAAACUGGUUGUAGAAGAAAUCAUAAGACUGAAAUGCAACAACAAGUAUUGCAUGUACGGCACAUGUCAAGAUCGAUAUGUGUUAGAUACGAGUGUGAUUGAGCCUAUUGCUACUGAUGUAACUAGUUUCGUGUCACCUAGGCAUAAACAAAAGUUGGAGUGUGAGUGUAAAGAAGGUUAUGGUGGUGACCGCUGCGAUACCAUAGUUAAUGAGUGUGCCCGUACUCCCUGUCCUCCAUCGAAGCUAUGCGUCCCUGACGCAUCCCAGGUUGGCUAUUCUUGUCUGUGUCCUGAAGGUUUCGCCGGCCCAUCAUGCGAAAUAGAUAUCUCUGAAUGUCGGGAUAGGGAUUGCUACGUUGCAAGGAAUCCAAUAUCCUUCGGUGGGAAGAGUUACUCACAGUAUAGGAUCGUCAACAAGAAGAGCAUUGAGGAUCAGUUGAGUCUCAGUUUGAGAAUCAGGACGGUACAGCCUACUGGAAAUUUGAUGUACGCUAGUGGGAAAGUGGAUUAUAAUAUAUUAGAUAUUGUGAAUGGAGGAGUCCAGUACCGUUUCGACUUAGGCAGUGGCGAGGGCAUUGUGCGUGUGUCCGACAUAUAUGUGUCAGACGGUGGAUGGCAUGAAAUUAAACUAGAAAGAGAACGAAAUAAUGCGAAGAUUACUAUAGAUGGAAAAUAUACUGCGCAAGGAUCUGCACCGGGUGUCAGCGAUAUUCUGAAUUUGCAGAGUGACGAAAUGUAUCUAGGGGCGGAAGUGCACCAGCAUCCUUCCAUUUUAGGCUUUGAAGAUGUCCAGCGUGGUUUUAUCGGUUGCAUGGACGACAUCCGCAUAUCAAGAGUAUCAGUACCUCUGCAUAAGUCAGGGGAGAAUUCAGUGGUUGUAUUGAAAAGAUUCGCCAACGUAGAGUUCAGUUGUGAUUCUAGCAGCAUACUUAUUCCACCUGGACCAUGCGGAUCUCAGCCUUGUCUAAAUGGUGGCACCUGCAGGGAGAUGAAGAAUGGCAACUACGAAUGCGACUGUCACGGACGGUUUAAAGGACCUUCGUGUGAACUAGAUACUGAUCCAUGUGCUUCAGCACCUUGUCUUUAUGGCGGAAAAUGUUCGGCGACAUCUAGCGGCGAUUUCGUUUGUGAAUGCAUCUUGAGACUGAGUGGUAAAAGAUGUGAAUAUGGAAGAUAUUGCUCUCCGAAUCCCUGCAAACAUGGUGGAGUUUGUGAAGAAGGAGAUGAUGGUCCCCUAUGCAAAUGCCGUGCCUACACGGGCGAAUUCUGCGAGUUCGAUCUGAAUGAGUGUGAAUCGUCGCCGUGCCAAAAUGGUGGCACUUGUAUCAAUGAGAUUGGUGGCUUCCACUGUAUAUGUCCAUCGAAUGUCACUGGAGUCUAUUGUGCCAGCAUGAUAUACAACACGCCUCUCUCCACAUCCUUCUACAACAUCACUUGGCAGGAAUUGAUCUAUAUCGGAAUUACCGCUGUUGGGUUGCUACUCCUUAUCAUCAUCAUACUUAUCUGCAGAUGUUACUGCAAAAGGACAAGACGACGCCGUCGCCUCAACGAAAAUCUGAAAGACAACAUCGUGCUUAACCACACACGGCCACAAGAGAUGUCCGAAUUCAAGCGCGGAUCCAAGUUAAGCAACCUGGAGGUGAACCAACGUGGAGAGGUCCCCAUAUGUCCACCACGACCCGUUUCUUAUACGCCCAGUUCGCAGAACGAUCCCUUAUAUAAUUGCAAUAAUGCUGCUACGGUAAUGCUGAAUAAUUUAGAUACACUGAGAAGCUAUGGAUCUGCUGGUGAUGAACUAGAGAAUGUUCCAGCCGAUUAUGCAAGGAACUUGAACAGAAGCGCUCCUCAGGGCUGUGCUGGAGAAUAUAGGGACUCAGAAAAAGCUACGUGGGCAGAUAGAAUGCAAAUGGCUGCUACGUUAGGAGAAAAGAACAAAGUCAAAAACGAUUAUAAGGUAUCCAGUCCUGUCAACUGUGAUGUACCAAACAGGCUAUAUGGAGGAAGAAGCAAUACAAUCAAUAACAUUAAGCCAAAUGGUUCUGUGAACGUGGACGACGAUCAACGCAAUCUCGGAAGUUACCAUUGGGACUGCUCCGAUUGGGCGCGCCACAGUCAAACGUUGCCCAACAUCACAGAGGUGCCUGGCAGCGAAGUGCCAGACUCCUCCAGUUACCACAGCAACGAGAGCAACGAGUCCCGCUGCCACCAACAGAGGGCGCCUCAAUCGCACAGAGGUCGACACAAGCGCCAGCAACCUCAUUCUGACAGGAAUCAGGAGGGCGGGUACAUAAGCGAGAACGGACUGAAUGCGCUGGAUAGCAGCGGGACUGAGCAGGAGUAUAGAUUCACCACAGCGGAUAGCUAUAUACGUCACCCAAAUACAUACCUACCUGCUCAUGGGUACAACAUAACAGGCGAGGUUGACAUGGACGGGCCCCAGAGUCCAGAAGCGGAUUCUGACGAUGUGGAGCCUUACGGCUUCCCCAUUUUAUUGUUGUACACAAUUGCAAAGAGCGGCACUCCCUUUUAG